AUGCCCGACACGUGGUGCGUAGAUUCGCACCACGUCAGUGUCAAAGUAGGGGAUUGUGCUGUCCACCUCCUGGUCAAGAACUCCGGAAAGAAGAACCAGGAGGUAUGGGGUGCUGUGCUUGUAGAUGGAGGCACUUCCAGCCUGAAUCCUAACCUCGUGUCCUCCAAGAAUGCGAUUGAGAGCAUCACGGCCAAGCUAAGCAAGCUUUACAGGCUCAAACAGCUGAACUAUGAGACCAUUGUUGUAAGCCAUUGGGAUGAGGACCACUACGGUGGUCUGGUCGAUCUGAUAUACAAGGAUGCCUUGAAAGCCGAGAACGACAAGAAAAAGCUGUACGAAGUAAUGGACUAUCUGAUGUGGAAGGACGAGGGCGGAGAAAAAGUUCCUGGCACAUACUUUUACUGCCCCAAUGAGAAGGAAAGUCAUAGCAGCACUGGUAAAACCAAGACCUUGAACGGUCUUCCAGCCCGCUUUCGGCGCAACGGCAUAUAUAUCGAAGUCUGUACCGACGCGGACCCGGACCGUAGCACAGGGGACUGGUACCCCUUUGCCAUACUCAAGUCGGCAGAGGAUAACCUAUACGAUGUUCUGGGCGUCAACUUUUUCGAGAACAAGGGGCUUAAACCCCCAGUGGGACCGCUCACUCCGGUACAACUUGUGAACAGCAACCCACCGGGGGAGGCUGGCUGGCCAGGCAUGUACUGUAUAGGUGUCAAGAACCAGACAUUCAAACAACCAAAGUCGAGCGGAAUACCGGAGAUCGUCCCGGAGGGUGUGACAAAAACCAACCAAUUUUCCAUUGCCCAGGUCAUCCUUUGGCCGGAUGGAACCAACCCGCCGAAAUGUUCGCACUACUCUGCUGGUGACGCAGACGAGAAGCGUGAGAGGCUUUACAUGGCGUGGUUAUACAGUCAAGGCGUGAAGAGAAUUACGAACAUGAAGUUGAGCCAUCACGGCUCUCGCUCAUCAUCGCCGCAGGAGACUCCAAUGUUCCAGCCAGUAAACAUUGUAAUAUCCAAUCCUACAGGCUCUUAUUUCCAUCCAGGUUGGGAGACUAUCUUCUUUCUUGCGAUUUAUGCAAGAUAUGCACUGGAAAACCUGGACUUGCCGGCUCCACGAAUGUUUGCCACAAAAUAUCCCUUCUACUUUGCUGUCGAUAAGGACAAAGAAUUUGUCAAUAUCGGUGACUCGGACUCAACGAAGCCCACGCUCAGUACUAAAGCAUUCGACGACAGUAAGCACGGCAAGAUUCUCCAGGAAUUCAUCAAGGAGGCGUAUGGAAAGUUCUUAUCAUGGGGCGGCUCCACCGAAAUGGCUGUGUACAAUUCAGCAACAUCGCCCGACGCCAAGCGCAAGCAGCUGAUGAUGCUGUUACUUGCGCGGUGGGACAACUACUGCUGGCCAAAAGCAGACCUCUACGAUAAUGCCGACGGAGCCACGCCAAAACCAAAGGUCACGAAGACAACGUCUAAAGCGGCACCAGAGAGCGUAAUGGUGCGUUCGUCCCAGAACGAUGCCUUGGAUGGAAAAAUAGGCUACACUCGUUUCAGCCUAGACGAGCUGUUCAUGUAUGAUCGGCCAAAGACAAUCACGGCGCCGAAAAGUACGGACCUUAUAGGCAAGCGUAGUCCCCCAUAUGAUCUCAAUGGCGACAAGACUGGGAAGAAGUUGAAGGUAAAUUGGCUCGAUGUUCCCAAGAAGAGCCUUUUCAAUAAAAACUUCCGCGGCGCACAGCUCAAGGAUCCCACAGAUGAAGAAACUGAUACAGAUCUAACCACCCAGCCCAUAUCGGAAGAGGGGGCGUUCUUCUCCCAGGCUGGCACGAACAUCAAUGAGAUGGAUCAUGAGGACUGGGAAGUAGAUGAUGGCGACGCCAAGAGUAAAGCCACCGACUUGACACUGCCCAAGACCCUGUCCCAUCACAAGCUGGGUUCACGCCAGGAGGAAGAAGGCAAUCUACCGGCGGCACCCCAAGGGGGUCUUGUCGAUCUCGAUAUUGAUGGCUGGUACAUCUACGCCAGCCAGGCUACGAGCGAUAUCCAGGACACCGAUAUUCAGAGAGCGACGAUUCAGUAUCUGCGAGUCAACCAGGUGAGCCCGUGGGACGGUUUCAUGGCUACAUUGCACUGCGCGGCGAUCGGACUAGCCAGUAACCCGCUCGAGGAUGCUACAAGUUCGUCCAUUGAGCUUUUGGGCAAAGACGAGCUGCGAGGUUGGUUCCAGGACGCUCUCGGCGCCGCUAAUGCGCUCGUAUUGAAGAGCACAGAUACUGCUGCUGCUGGGAUAGGGGGUUUUGCUCUCACAGUUCCGAUUGCGACGCUCACUCCUCCCUCCCCUACCAAGAAUGACGAGCCAACGCCGCUCCUAUUCACCACCGAUUCGAUGGCAUUGGCCAACUCGUUCCCGGACAGCCAGCCACCAGCCAUGGGACUGCGGGAUGGGGCGACUUCUAUCAUACUCGGUCUCGAUGUCAGUGCAGCACGAAACGACACCAUGACCUUGACAUUGGAAACCUUGGCCAGCUUUGUAGGACUUGAAGACAUCUUGACGCAGAAUCCCCUGCUAUCUGUCUUGUCAGGACUGCGUUUUGUCUUGCCCGGCCCUGGCCAUCCAGGCACAGGUAAUCGCAACGCCAUCUGGUUUGUUCCUCAGAUGGCUUACGCUACCACGCUGCGGCUCCAGCUCGAUCUAUCCAAGGAUGACCGCGAGACCCUGGAGUCUUAUCUGGGGGUGCUUCAGUGUACCGUCACAAGUGCUUACCUCAUCGCGCGACGCAAGAGCACCUGGAUCUCGGGCAUUAAGGAUAUCUGUGUCCAGACAGAGGGCGAACUGGUGCUUGUGGUCGACGUGGUUCUUGCCGGUCUCAAAUUCAAUGCGAUCAUGGAGCUCUGCUCAGAGGGGGUUGUGGUGCAGCUCAUACUCAAUAGCAAGACCGGCAAAGUCAUCGACACGAUGCUACAGUGGCUCAAGACCACCAUCAUCAAAGAAGAGCACCAGACCAACGGGAACGAUCCGUUCCCCUUCAAACAGUGGCUGAGUGAAAACGCUGGAUCUCUCUCGUUUCCGAGCUUUGACUUUCGGCGGUUGACUCUUUCGUUCGUCCCAUCCUCUAUAGAUGGGUCCUCGCUGUCAUUCGCCAGCUUUGCGCUAGACAUGGAACUUGAGUUCCAGGCCAAGGACCAAGUCGUCAUCUCCCUGAUCACUUUCAACUACUCGGUUGCGGGAGGCUCAGGCAGCUCUCUAGAAGCUGAUCUUUGGCUAGCCCCCUCAUACAAUGUGAAUGGUCCUGCUUUGCGACUCCUACCAGACUUUGAAAACUACGCAUGGUUUGAGCCACUGGGUCGUGAUGCUGGCCAUACCUGGCCCUCGAAUCUGGACCUGGGAAAGUUAGUGGGCUUCACCUCGGAUGACUCGCCUCCGAGUAUAUUUCCCACAACCGUAACAAUGGCCAAGCUAUAUGUGAAUGCCGAGGCGAUCGGCGUCGCUGGCAGGCUACGCAUUGCUUCAGAUAUGCAUUCGAAGCCACCAAUCUUCAGUAUCGAUCAGAUUGACAUGGCUGCUUCCUAUAAGUUCGGCUCCGGGACUUCGUCUGGCGAUGUGGAAAUAGCCCUCGGUUUGAGUGCGCUGAUCCAAGCCCCUCCUACCACGGACCUCGAGCCAGCAGAGUUGAGGGGGGCCUUUCACUAUGAUGGAUCUAAAAAGUCUUGGUAUCUGGUAGGUACCAUUGACAAUCUCUACAUAUCCCACCUCUACCAGUUUUUCCACAAGGAUGUGCAGCUCAGCGCUGCAUCUCUCCUUGGGAGUAUUGGGGUCAAGCAGUUCAAGGUACAGUACCUCUACCAGAGCGGACAAGCCACCCACUUUGAACUGGAGGGAAUCUUGGCCAUUGGGAAUCUUGACUUUGUUCUCGACUACCGCAAUGGCGGCGACCCUUGGGACUGGGAUUUCCACGCCGAUGUCCACUUUAACGAGAAGACAAAGGGAUCCACGUUUGGGGCGAUGCUGACAGACAUAGUUGGGGAUAUAGACCUCCCGGGCUUCUUGGACGAUAUCAAGAUCUCCGUGGACUCAUCUGAAGACCGGGUUGGAAUUCGGUUGGUGCCGAACAAGGAGAAAAAGUGCAUCGUUUUCACCUUGUGGGUUCAACUCGGCGGCUUGCGGGUCCAAUACAUCCAGUACGCGUAUUCGACGUCGGGUACGUCGCAGACUACACCGCCGACAAUCAAGCGGGUAUUCCUUACGUCAAUCAAGCCGUUUGACAGUGUCGAUGUGCCACUCUUGGGAAAACUGUCCCAGCCUUGUGAUGAGGCCAUUGCUAUGUGGGUGCAGCCGCAGGCUGGCUCCGAUGGCCUGACCAAGGGAGAGGUGAAAUUGGUCAACGAUAUAAUCAAAAAGCCCCCCUUGUCCCAGGAGCCACUGCCGUACAAGACCAUCAAGAGGGCUACAGCCGACACAGACACCGUGCUUAGGAAUGGGGUCCACCUCAUGAUUACCCUGAAGGACAAUCAGGGAAACGUCAAUGUCGUUGUGGACUACGUGCUAGGUGGCGGGUAUAGCAAAGAUCCGGACGCUUCGAGCGCCUCGGAAGAUGACUCUGACCCUGAAGGCCAGGACUCCGGCAUGGUAAAGUACAGUAAAUCGUACGGCGGCCUAUCGGUGCGCAACCUGGGACUGAAAUAUGCCAAAGACACGCUGACCGUCAAGGUCGACGCUUCGGUCAAAUUCGGUCCCAUGGAGUUUGCUGUGUCCGGUUUUGCUAUCGACCUCGCCUUCAAUCCCGGAAAGGGCUUCAGCUUUUUCAACCUCCCGGAACCGUCAGUUAGACUGGAUGGACUUGCGGCAGUAUACGACAAGUCUCCUAUUGCGGUUGGGGGUAUGCUGGAGCGCAUCGAUGACACCAUGUAUCAAGGUGCUCUGCUGGCCAGCUACAAGCCGUGGCAGUUCUCAGCCGCUGGAUGCUACGGCGAGAUCAAGGGUUUGGAGCAAUACAAGACAUUUUUCGUCUAUGCCCGCCUAUUGGGGCCGCUCAUCACUUUCGAGUUUGCAACCAUCUCGGGCGUGACCGCUGGCUUCGGGUAUAACUCUAGCAUGCGCUUGCCCACGGUCAACACCAUCACUGACUACCCGCUCAUCUCGAACCCGGCGCCGUCGACCCCGGACCCCCAGGGAAUCAUGCGGAAGCUAACGGAGAACAAGCAAUGGUUCUCACCGCAACAGGGAUCUUUCUGGAUCGCGGCCGGGCUCGACGUGGUGGCCUUUGAGAUGCUUGACGUAUCUGCUGUGCUCGCCAUCCAGUGGGAUCCCAACAUCAAGAUUGGUAUAUUUGCUAUCGCCACUGCCGACAUUCCCGCCAAGGUAGCAGGCAAGUUCGCUUUUGCACACGUGCAGCUCGGCAUGACGGCAAUUAUCGACGUUGCGGCGGGUACCAUGAAGAUCGACGGGCAGCUGACGCCGUCGUCGUAUAUUCUACACCCCGACUGCCACCUGACGGGCGGCUUCGCGCUGUAUACGUGGUUUGGCGACAGUGUGCCAGAGCUCAAAGGCGACUGGGUCUUCACACUCGGUGGAUAUCACCGACAGUACAAGCCCCCGGUGCAGUAUCCCGAUCCGCCGCGCCUCGGCAUUAGCUGGCAGUUCAGCAGCGCCAUCAGCAUCCGCGGCGAGGCUUACUUCGCCAUCACGCCCAAGGUGUGCAUGGGCGGCGGACGGUGGGAUGUGUCUCUCCAGUUGGGCCCGCUGGAGGCGUAUUACUACGCCUUCAUCGACUUCCUCAUCAACUUCGCCCCCUUCAACUUCGUUGCAGACGGGGGCAUCGCUGUUGGCGUCCGCUUCACGAUGGACCUGUGGAUAGUCACCAUCCACAUCAGCGUGGACAUUGGUGCCACCAUUCACAUCGAGGGACCGCCGAUCCAUGGCACGGUGCACGUGGACUUCUGGGUGUUUGGAUUCGACAUCGAUUUUGGCGGUCGUGGCGACAGAGCUGAGAAGCUCUGCCUUGAUGACUUCAUCAUCCUGGCCUGUCAGGCCUCAGACGGUCCCGGGCCAAGCGGCCUAUUCCACGCGAUCACACCCGAGACACCCGUUGGCCACGCGGCGCAUCGGAGGGUCGCCGGAAAGGUGGAAGAGCCAGAGGAGGAUUUGAGGAAUCCUCACGUCCUCGUCGUGCAGUCAGGCUUAGUCCCGGACCAGCAGAUACAGUCACAGCCAAGCGGAGGGCUUUGGACAGUUCGAGCAGCCACUUUCUCGUUCGCCGUAUCUUGCAAGAUUGCAAUUUCGAAAGCCACUAUAGUAACGGGCCGACCUGCCGCGACAGGAGCAACAGGAGGAGACGACGCGGAAGCGGAAGAUGAGCCGUCCUCUGAAGUCUUGGGCACAGGCAACCCGAUCAACGCCCGCCCAAUGUGCAACGCCAACACGUUGACUACCGAGCUCCACGUUCGCAUUACGCCGGUUGCUCCGGCCAGGAAGCAGUUGAUGCUAGGGGUUGAAGGUGACAACGACGGGGAAACCGUGUGGAACAAGAAUAAGCCUAUUGUGAAGAGUCUUCCUGCAGGAUUGUGGGGUCCAUAUGACUGCAAGAAGGACCCCAGUUAUAAUACCAAUAACAAGGACUAUCUCAACGGCGACACUGAGGCGACAGUCUCGCUGAUGUGCGGCGUCAUCAUCAGCGUGCCCGAUGCUGCCGUGUCCGACAAGGACAAGACAUUUCCGUUCAAGUACCAAACGUUCAUGGUGCAGGAGCUGGACGAGAAGCUAUACAAAUUUCCGAAGCUGGAGGCGAACGAGAAGGCCUUCCUGCCUGCAGAUCCCGGUGACAAGAAGAAACAGUGGGACCAAGUGCGCCAGGCGUGGGAGAACCCCAAGAUGGGCUCCGAUGCACCGUCACAGGGCGUGGCAAUCUGGGAAAGCCUAGGCCUGAGUGAUCUUGGCUGGGACCCAGCUAAGGUGAACAAAAAGGCUGAUGAGGAGCUGACGGGCCAGAUGCCGAAAAGUCUCGUAGACGACCUCGAGGGGUACUAUCUGUGGGCUCCAUUCAGAGGAACAGUCAAUGCCACACGACGUUACCAGGGAUAA